AUGUACUCCUCCAGGAAGGAGGUGAACAGGAAGCGCGCAACCAAAGAGCUUGCGGAGAACUUGAAAGGCGAGGCCAUACAAGAGGGAGAACGGCUGAACAAGAUCACGUAUCUCAACACAACAACGUCCCCGCUUCUACGCCUUCCAGGGGAGAUUCGCGACAUGAUAUCUUCGUUAGCUCUCACCCAGCAUGACUUCUGGGUACUCGAUGGAGUUGUCACCAACGUUAAACAGCCAAUCAACCUGGUCCGAGUCUGCCGUCAAAUCCACGCCGAGACUGCGCUGCUGCCGUACGCUCUCAACAGAUUCAUCGUCACCAAGCCUUUCUUAUCAUACCUCGGCCCUAUUUAUACGAAGAUCGGCUCCCUCGAACUGUACUCAUUUCUCGAGGCUCGAACACCGGCUCAGAUUGGUGUCAUGACUAGGGUGCGGUGGAAGCUUGGGUCUACUGAACAGGAGAGGUCUGCGACGGAAUGGUUGGAAAUCAGGCAUCUGUUCUAG